AAAAGUAUUUUAACAUAAAAAAUUGGCCCCCAUUCACUUCCAUUGUAAACGACUCACUGUAAACAGAUGUUUUCUUUAAAGAAAAAGAGGAACGAGUUGAAAAUAAUGUUGUGGUUAUAAACAUUAUUCCACAGAUGCUGUCGAUUGAGCUCAACUUGUAUUGAACCCGGAAUAUUCCUUGAAUUUCUGAAGCUGUAUUGUAGGCUUCUGUGUAAUAAUAUAUAACAACAAGUUUAUAACCUAUAUAAUAAUUCUGUUUUAAUAAUAACUCUCAAUAGAAUUAUUAACUCAAUGAAAAGAUCAAGAGUGUGUUAUCUGGAGAUUUAUUUAUGUAUAAAUCCAUUUAUUACUGUGACUUAUUUAUUUGACUUUAGUUUAAGUGCUUUUUUUCAUUCAGUUGUUCACUUGUUUAUUUUAUGCUGUAUUAACCUAGCUCUUUGUUGUAUUUAUAUCCCCUCUACUGUUUCUAAAUUCAAAAUAAAAGCAUUUAAAAGAAAAAAGUACCAAUGGAAGACCACCAGGAAGGUCCUGGCGUUCCAGAGAAAUGCACAUUUUCCAACAGCUUCGCGAACUGUCCCACAUGUCCCAUACGAAUUGCCGUAGUUGUGUGUGGAUUGGAAGCGACACAGUGAUCACAAUGGCAGAGUACACUACAUUAGAAAGCUUGCUGGAAAUGGGCUUCAACAGAAACAGAGCGGAGAAGGCUGUAGCACAUACUGGAAACCAGGGCAUUGAGAGAGCAAUGGACUGGUUAAUGGAGCAUGAGAAUGAUCCAGAUAUAGAUGAGCCCUAUGUCCCACCUGUCAGGAAUGUUCUUGGCUCAACAGAAGAACAGAGCAGCCCAUGCCAGUCUCCUCCAGAAACCUCUGAAUUCACUGAAAAUGUAGCAGAAGACGGAGAUGCCAAACGACCCAUGACAGAGGAAGAGAGGCAGGAACAAGUAAAAAGACUGGAGGAGUUGAUGAGGGCGAGACAGGAGGAGAGGUCAGAGAGGGAGCGACAGGAGGAAAUAGAAAGAGAGAAGCAGAGGAGGAAGCAAGGACAAGAGCUGCUGCAAGUCAAACAGAAACUUCAGGACGAUGAAAUGAAGAAGCUGGCAGACCAGCGCAGGAGGGAGAAGAUGGAGGACAGACUUGCCAAGCAACGGGUUAAAGAGAAGAUUGCACGAGACAGAGAGGAGAGGGCGCGAAAGUUUGGAGGCUGUUCAUCAAGCACAGAUCUGUCAUCUCCCCCCUCUGAAGCCCCUACCCAGUCUCUACCGGACAACCAAGGGCCUCCGCAAGCCAAGAAAGACUACGAUGAAUGUCGGAUACAGGUGCGUCUUCUGGAUGGGUCUACCUUGAGUGCUGUCUUUAAGGCUCAGGAACCUCUGGCUGCUGUGAGAGUCUAUGUACAGAUGAACGGGGCAAAUGGAGUGGAUUUCAACCUCAUCACCCCAUACCCCAGACGUGUCUACACUGAUCUGGACAUGGAAAAACCCCUGCGUGAGCUGGGUUUGGUGCCUUCUGCAGUUCUUGUGGUUACCAAGAAAUGAAGGGAAACAAAUAUAAACACAGUGUUCUUCCACGUCCGUGCAAGAUCAAACAAAUAUCUCUGUGAAGACCAUCAAAUAAAUGAACUGCUACAAUGGUUUUACUCAAAAAACUGGCACACAUACACUGCAUUAGAACUGAGCUGACCAAUAACGUCCUUAAUCUUAAACCUGUUACUCCCAAUAAAAGGUUGAGUGAGUUUUCAUAAUAAUGAACCUUGAGAAGGUAGUUGUUAUUUUCUGUCAUGUAAAAAAAAAAAAAAA